ACCAGUUUCAGCAUAAAGCUUUAGCGUCGUCAACGACUACUUUCAACAAUGCAACUUUUCUGGUUUGUUAUUAUUAUUUGUGUGUGAUAAUUUUUGUUUCUUUAGGGAACUGUUGUUUUUUUUUUUUUAUUUUAUUUAUAUUAUUUUUUUUAUCACAUCUGGGGGGCAGUCACAGGCCCCCUCGACCUUGCCUUUAUCCGGCCUUGAUAUGGAGGUAAUAAACAGACUCCUUUGUCCUUAGUAUCCAGUGAGCCAAGAAACCGUCAGUGAAACCUCGAGAUGUCUCCUUCUUUACCGUCGCCCCGCCCCUCCACCUGCUAUUGGGUUCUCUAGCUCCUCCCACCGCCCUUCCAGCCAAUACUACACCCCAGCCCCGCCCCUUCCCCGCCGCUUUCCCUCGUCCUCCGUCUUGCUGUCCCCCUUCCCUCCCAGACAGACCCUGCCCUUUCCCUUCCGCGGCCCAGUCUGCGAGCACGGGCGGCCGACAAUGGCGAGCAUUCUCAGCGGCCUGCAGAGCUGACACCGCGGCCCCUCCUGCCGGGAGCUCAUACACACAUUUAAAUGACUUUGGCAUAAUGAUGCCAUCUGACUGUGGGAGACAGUAAUCCUGACGGCAGACGGACAGACGGCACCUGACCCUGCCAGAGAACCCUAAGCCACUUACUGGGGAUAAGCGGUGCACCCCUCCCACCCUCACUGAAUGGUAGUCAUCAUGGCGAAGUGUGAGACGGGCAGCACCAGCCCCGUGGUCAGGCAGAUCGACAAACAGUUCCUGGUCUGCAGCAUCUGCCUGGACCGAUAUCACAACCCCAAAGUUCUGCCCUGCCUGCACACUUUCUGUGAGAAAUGUCUUCAGAACUACAUCCCUCCCCAGUCUCUGACCCUGUCCUGCCCAGUGUGCAGACAGACCUCCAUCCUGCCCGAGAAGGGCGUAGCAGCCCUGCAGAACAACUUCUUCAUCACGAACCUGAUGGAAGUGUUGCAACGAGAUCCGGAGUGCAGCCGGCCGGAGGCGACCAACGUCCUGGAGUCGGCCAAUGCCGCCACCACCUGUCAGUCCCUUUCCUGUCCCAACCAUGAGGGGAAGGUCAUGGAGUUCUACUGCGAGUCUUGUGAGACAGCCAUGUGUCUGGAGUGUACAGAGGGAGAGCACAGGGAACACGUGACCGUUCCUCUGAGGGAUGUGUUGGAGCAGCACAAGUCUGCUCUCAAAAACCAGCUGGACACCGUUUGUAACAGACUGCCCCAGCUGACCGUUGCCAUCGAUCACGUCAACGACAUUUCCAAGCAGUUGACGGAGAGGAAAAGCGAAGCAGUAAUGGAAAUCAGUAACACUUUUGAUGAGCUGGAGAAGGCUUUGCACCAACGCAAAAAUGCUCUGAUCACAGAGGUUGAGAAUAUCUGCAGCUCAAAGCAGAAGGUGCUUCAGGCUCAGCUGACCUCUUUGCUGCAGGGCAAAGAGAACAUUCAAAGCAGCUGCAGCUUCACAGAGCACGCCCUCAGCCACGGCAGUGCCACCGAGAUCCUGCUGGUCCAGAAACAGAUGGGCGAGCGGGUCAGCGCUCUGGCCAGGCACAGCUUCCCCGUGCACCCCCACGAGAACGGACACCUGGAGUGCCAGGUGGAGACGGACGGGCUGAGGCGCUCCAUUCAAAACCUGGGGGUGCUCAUCACGACGGGCGCCGUGGGCCACACCAGCGUGGCCACGGGCGAAGGCCUGAGGCACGCGCUGGUCGGCCAGCACACCUCCAUCACCGUCACCACCAAGGACAAGGAUGGCGAGCUGGUGAAAAGCGGGAACGCGGCUCUCCGAGCGGAGAUCGUCUCUGCGGACGGGGGCCGCACCGAAGCCGAGGUGGUGGACAACAAGAACGGAACAUACGAGGUCGGCUACACCGUCCGCUCCGAGGGAGAGUUCACCUUCUCUCUGCUGCUGUACGGGCAGCCCGUCAGGGGGAGCCCGUUCCGGCUACGCGCCGUCAAGCCUUCCGAUGUCCUGCAGUCCCCGGAAGAUGUGAAGAGGAGGGUGAAGUCGCCAAGCGGAGGAGGGGGUCACGUCCGACAGAAGGCCGUCCGCAGGCCCUCCAGCAUGUACAGCACCACCAAGAAGAAGGAAAACCCAAUAGAGGACGAGCUGAUCUACAGAGUUGGCACAAGAGGACGAGACAAAGGAGAGUUCACCAACCUUCAAGGCAUCUCGGCUUCCAGCAACGGGCGGAUUGUGGUGGCAGACAGUAACAACCAAUGCAUACAGGUGUUCUCCAAUGAUGGCCAGUUUAAGAUGAGGUUUGGGGUGAGGGGGCGUUCCCCGGGUCAGCUGCAGCGCCCCACAGGGGUGACCGUCGACGUGAACGGGGAUAUUAUCGUCGCCGACUACGACAACAGAUGGAUUAGCAUUUUUUCCUCUGAUGGCAAGUUCAAGAACAAAAUAGGCGCUGGAAGAUUGAUGGGCCCCAAAGGCGUGGCUGUGGACAAAAACGGACACAUCAUUACGGCUGACAACAAAGCCUGCUGCGUCUUUAUCUUCCAGUCAAAUGGGAAGCUUGUGACAAAGUUUGGAGCCAGAGGAACAUCAGACAGACACUUCACAGAGAAAAGUGGUGCAAACAUUGUACUGGAAACAAAGAUUAGUAAAUCUGGCCCUGUUUUCAGUCCUCACUUUGUGGCUGUGAACAACAAAAAUGAGAUUGUGGUCACAGAUUUUCACAACCAUUCAGUUAAGGUGUACAAUGCAGAUGGAGAAUUCCUGUUUAAAUUUGGCUCCCAUGGGGAGGGAAACGGUCAGUUCAAUGCUCCAACUGGCGUGGCCGUGGAUGCCAAUGGAAACAUUAUUGUUGCUGACUGGGGCAACAGUCGGAUCCAGGUGUUUGACAGCUCAGGGUCCUUCCUGUCCUACAUCAACACAUCAGCCGACCCCCUGUACGGCCCCCAGGGCCUGGCCCUUACGUCCGAUGGCCACGUGGCGGUGGCGGACUCCGGGAACCACUGUUUUAAGGUGUACCGCUACCUGCAGUAGAUGGCGGUUUCCUCCACCGCAGCCGCUGAGGAUGAAACAGGGUGUAUCCAGUGCAGCCUUUUUACCUGCACAUCACCUGUCGCCUCAUUUUACUUUAACUAACGGGUUUGAAGGUCAAUGCAGCAUCAUUGAGACAAAUGAAAAGCAAAAAUGAUGGGGCAACAUGUGAGAAAUGACACUUUAGGAGGUAGAUUGAAGUAUUUAACCAGACUUAACCUGUUCCGGUGCAUGAAGUUUCCCUUUUUUCCUUCAAUAGCUUGGCAGCACAGUGUGACCACCAGUUGCUUUUACCAUAAACUAGUUGAUGCUUAUAGAGAAACGAACAGUGCCAUGCUUCUGCAGCAGUGAAAUGUAAAAAAAAAACAAAAAAAAAAUGUGUGCAGCAAAACGUCACCACCAUCCGUGCAUUGAUUUGCUGUAUGUACUGUACAUACAUGAAUGUAUAUUGUAUAUAUUAGAUCACUCUCUAUGUACAUGCAGCGGUUUUCAAACUGCUUUUUUUGCCAUUUCAGUGAGCAGCAAAGGAUGAAGGAUUCAAGGACUUUGAAUGUGUGUGUCGUUGCUGUGAGUGAGUGGUUUGCAAAGUUGUCGAAGUACGCAGCACAGCAAAUGUUUCCGUUUGUUAUUUUAAAGGGGAAAAAAUUAAUUUAUUUUUAUUUUGUACUAGUGGAGCAUUUGCAGAUUAUUUUUGUACAUUUUUUUUCUUUUUGAAUUUUACACCUUUUUAAGGCGGAAUUUUCUCUAACAUCCACCGGUAAAUCAGCGUUUGUGCAGAUGGGCAGCUGACUUCCAAAGCUUCAGCACUGGUUUUCAUUUCACGGAUUUUUCUAAACUCUUAUUCAGAAUUUCUUUUUUUUAAUAUUAAAAUUGCUUUAAAUAGAUUUGUUCACUGGACCAGAAAAAUAUCACAUAUCUCAGGAAAUCUAAUCCAAAUUUGAUCACAGCGUCUGUUCAACGAUGUUUUUGGCACAUUUGCGUGAGUUGAUGACUUUGCAAGAAAGCUGCUGAUUUGUGCAAAUUUAGGCUGCAUGAAAUACCACAGGGAUAGAUUUUUUUCAUGUUGUGGCUUUACAAGAAACUGUUACAUUUUUUUUCAAAGACACUAGCUAUAGAACAUGUUUCAUGCAUUACAUUCCACCCGGUGUGCUUCAUUUGUCAGCUAUCUGCAGUAGAGAUGUGCCAGCGGCGUGGGUUUUUGCUCCCUCUGGUGGUCGUUCUAUGUAAGAGCAGAGGAAGACUCAGCGUUGCUGCAUGAGGGAAGAGCUCCUGGGGUGACUAGCUUCUUAGCCGUCCAGCCGUUGAUAUUGGAUUUAGCAGAAAAAGCACUAGAUUAGUCAACCAGGACGCAGCCAUUUUUCUUUUUCUUUUUUUUUUUUUGGUAAAAUUUGCUGUUUUGAGUUUGUGCCAAACAAGGAUUGACGACUUCCUCCUCUGUGAGACGAGCGCUCACCUUUUUAAGAUGUAUUUAAAAAUGUCUUUGCCCUCCCUGUUCUUUUGGUUUUCUCUAUGAAUAUGCACUGGUAAUAAAAGCACAUGGUUUACUGA